GGAGAAAGAAAACCUUUAAAAGCAGUAGCCAAUUUGCGAAUUUCGCCUAAUCAUGAGUUAGUUGCUCAUGCUUUUGAGACAAAAAUGAUACCUUUGAUUAGCAAAGUAAUUUUGGAUAAUCAAUUGGGUUAUAAAGUUGAACGAAGUACCAAAGAGGAGGUUUAUUUCACCCUCACUCCCAUUACCACCCAAAUUAAGGAAAAACUGAUUAAAGAAGUCAAACUAAUUACUGAAGAAGGAAAAAAAAAUUUUCGCCUG